AUGGAUGGCACAGGGAUUGGAGCUAAAUCGUUCAGCAAAGCAGAAUCAGUGGAGAAACAAUUAAAGCUUGAAGAGCAGAGGAAAGCCCAUGGGAAGACUGACCGAAUCAAACAUGAGGAAGAGCUGAAGGAGGGUGAGGACAGAAGAAAGAAGGGAAGGGUAAACCGGUGGAUCAAUUAUGCGUUGUCGAGUCUUGCCAGCUAA